AGUGACGUAAAACGCAUAUUUAUCAUGGCAGCCAAAACAAGGUUUUAUGAUUCAUGACAAUACGAAAUAUCCAAAGAAAAGCUGAAUCACACUCAUAUCCUCAUGGUAGAUGUCUACCUAACCAAUAAAAUAACCAUUUCUAGCAGUUAAUAUUUUUGUCAUCUCUAACAAGAAUCAAUACAUUGUUAAAAGAAAUUAUUUGAAGGAAAUUGAAAGCCACUGAUCUGAAAAGGUAGGCUGGCUAACUUAACAAACACUGAAACUGUGGUUAGCUUACUGCCUUUCUAAAUACUAUACUAACUCGACUUGACGACUUGAGUCAACUUUCAUCAAAUUUCAGACUUUGGCUACCCAGACUUUUUGUUAAAUAGGCCAGAGUCAGGUGUACUUUGCUGUUGUUUAGAAAAUAGUUGCGUCUGGCCUAAUACUUUCAUCAUUCACUUAGACUUAGACCUAUGAAUGACUUAUCAUUAGGGGUGUGCCGGACCCCGGUCCGGAAUCCGGUUCCGCCGGAUUUUGCACUAUCCGGUGAAAUCCGGUUCCGCCGGAUUUACAUGUAUCCGGAACAACCGGAUUCCGAAAUCCGGAAUAUACCGGAUUUCGGAAUUUGCCAGAUUUUGUGACUCACCGGAUCAUAAUCUGAAAUAAAAGUAAUUCUCUUUCCCGAAUUUCACACGAUCACGAUACAUUAAUCGAUUGUUUCGAGCGUUGAGCUUGUUUAAUGUUUAAUAUUCCGUACAUACCAGAGGCUAGAGUCAGCACCGCUAAUAGUGGCCAAUAGUGUAGGGACUUUGAUAAGAAAAUGUAAACUUUUUGUAAAAAUAAACCAAUGGCAUAGUUGAAAAGAUGUAAUUUUUUAAAGAAUUAUAACACCAAAAUCAUAUUUUUAGCUGUUGUAGUUUUAAAGUUAUGAAUUUUUAAAGUACGACUUGGUUUGUCAUUUUUUAACAUGGACUGCAUCUCCACAUUCUGUGAUCUCAUUCCACCAAUCCCGUCAUGCGCAAUGACUAUAUAGUUUAUAUAAGGCAACGCAUUCCCUGCCUUAUCACUAAAAUACUGUUUAGACUUAGUUUAAACUUUCAACUUUGGCACAUGAAUAAUUAAUUAAAGCUUUCCCUGACCAAUGGUUUAAUAGUUUUUGCACACGGCAAACUCUUAUGAAUGAAACUCUGAGGUAGUACUACGAUACAGUUAUGCAAGUGGCUGUGAAUGGUUGCCAAUGACAACGUGUUGCACACGGUAAAUUCUGAUCAUUUAUAAUAUGGAUUCUACCGGGUUGUUAAAGCUCAAAUUAAAACAUUCCAGUUUAAAUGUCUUUAAAUGCAUUCUGAAACACAAGUUAUCAAUUAUUUUGAUGUAAAUAGUGAUAAUAAAUUAAUAUUUCCUAAGUAUCGUCAACUUCCGCCAUUAAAAAGGGGGGCGUGGCCAACCCCAUGGCGAAAUUAGGUUGAGCGAGCUGCAUGACCUGCUGCGAACGCGUAGAAACAUGGCGUCUCUCGUAAGACACUUAUCCAAAUGGAACGGAACUCAAAUAUAUAUCGAAAGUACUAAUUUAAUAAUAAAUAGACACACACAUCGGAAAAUUAAAAACUCGGAUUUUUUGGCGCCGAUUGCGAAUUCCCAUACACAAAAAGUAGUAGUCCACCUUGACUUACCGAAGUAUCUACCAAUAGUACCAAAAUCCGGAAUCCGGGAGAAACCGGUAUCCGGAUCCGGCGGAUUUCGCAUAAGAAAAUCCGGAUCCGGAUCCGGUUGGAAAAAACGGAUCCGGCACACCCCUACUUAUCAUCACUAUCACUAAGCCAAAAAAUAAAAUCUUUACAUUACUUUAGAUACUUUGAUUCAAAAACUAAAACUUAAAAAAAAAAUAAACCAAUGGCAUAGUUGAAUAGAGCUAAUUUUUAAAAGAAUUAUAACACCAAAACAAAAUCAUAUUUUUAGCUGUUGUAGUUUUAAAGUUAUGAAUUUUUAAAGUACGACUUAAUUUGUCCUUUUUAACAUGGCCCGCAUCUCCAUUUUCUGGUACCCCAUUCCGCUGUUCGUGUCACGAGUUAUAUAACUCUUGUUUUAAUGAUGAUUUUAUUUUCAGAACUAAUGGUGUAUUAAAAAAAUAAGUUUAAUAAUGUUAACAAUGAUAGAUCCAUUGUAGCUUAUCUAACUAUGCACUAUGUAUAUCAGUGAUAUAAUAUCAGUAAAUUUAAUAUAAUGUAUUAAUAUAUGGCUUUUCUGUUUACCAAAUCUUCAGCGUCCAUUAUACCGGUAAAUGCUAUAUAGUCUAUAUAAGGCAACACACCCCCUAAAAUGUUGUUUGGUAUCUACUUAUUUUGAAAUUUUAACUUUGGCACAAGACUAAUUAACUAAAGCUUUCCCUGACCAAUGUUGUUAAUUAUAUUAAUAGUUUUUGCACACGGCAAACUCUUAUGAAUGAAACUUGAAGUAGUCGGUAGUACUAUGGCAUAGCAUUAUGCAAAUGGCUGUGGUUUCCCAUGACUUUUUGCACACAGUCAAUUCUGAUCGCUAAUAAUAUGGACUCUACCGGGUUUUUAAAGCUCAAAUUUAACAAUUCUAGUUUAAAUGUUUUCAAAAUGCAUUCUGAAACGCAAUUUAUCAAAUAUUUUGAUGUAUAUGGAGAUAAUAAUGAAUAUUUCCUAAGCUAAGUAUCAGCGUUUUCCGCCAUUUAAAAGGGGGCGGGAUCACUAAUCCAAAAUGGCCUGUGUGACACUUGCUUAAUGAGAUCAACGUUGAGGAGAAUUGUGAAAAUGUUUCAUGAGCUAUCUCAAUGAAAUUUUGCACACAUGUACUUCAACAAAUUAUGCAGGCCUACUUUUAAUAUGAAAGAUCUACUUUGAAUAUUUAGACCGAAUUUUUUAAUGCGAAGAUGCCUUAUAUUGACAUACGAUUUUCCUCACUUAAAGUUGAGAUAAAGAACAAAUUAACUCAAUGGGAAUGUAGUUCAACAUUUCUCCUAACGUUAAUGGGCGGAGUCAAACCUUAAUUAUGGGCCAAAAUGACUCCUAAUUUAUUCUAAUUACAUGCACAUGAAAAAAUUAAAAACUCGGAUCCUACUGCGCCAAUGGCCAUUUCCGAUACAAAUUUACUAGGAGUGUCCCUUGCUUCGGCGAAGUAUCUACAUUAAUUAUUUACUAAGACUAAGAUUACUAAGAAGGCAAUGUCUACACACGUCCGGCGCUAUCUUCCGCACUAUUUGUCCGGCGACCAAGUCACAUGACCGCCGUAAGAAUACUUUAUCAAGAUAUUGUCCGGCAACUAAGUCACAUGACAGCCGUAACAAAGUGGCACGAGAUAUUUGUCCGUCAGCCUUGUCACUUGACCGCGAAUAAUUCAAAACUAUUGUUAAUUUUAAAAUCUAUUUCUCUACCAAGUAAUUUACUGAGUAUCUUGCAAACAAAUAAUAGAAAAAAAUACUUGGGUAUAUUACCAAACAAAGUGGGUGUUAAGUAAUAAUGCAUUCCAGAAGGAAGCAAUGCUAAGAGGGAGAGAGAAUAUCGGUAAUAAAAAUUACGAAUGCUAAAAUAAUAAUACUGAAAGUGAUAAAUAAUAAAGUUUAAGGCGGGGAGGCCAAUAGUUCACAAAGAAAUAUACCCUACAUCUUAAUAUAGGGCCGAUACAGUGGUAGCCUAGCCUACUUGAAGUACUUGUCAUGCAAUACUAAUCCUGAAAUACAACUUUAUGAUAUAGGCAUAGUUCUAUUGAAGUCUACUGGUCUUAUUUUAUUUGGUUCAUAUUUUAAAUUUAGGCUUCAAGGUAGAGUUUUACAAGUAAUUGUACUACUAAUUAGUAUUUAAGCUGACCAGUUUAAGAUUCAAAGUCAAACACUUUAUUUAACUCAGAGCAUUUGAAUAUAUUAACAUGUUCAGCAUUUAUGUAUUAUCUAGGGAUCGGAAUAUCAACUAUUUUGCUGACGACCACUUGUCACAUGACCUGCCUGAAUAAUAACACCUACUAGUCGUGACAUGCCCGCUGGACGUGUAUCCAGCGCGCCGGACAUAUAGACACUUCGUACUAAGAAAUUACUUAGCUUAGAAUUAGAAAGUAAAGACACUUAAAAGUAUUAAACUUAAAAUCUAAAUAGUUCAGCAUCUUGUCAUAGGUACUUUAAUAAAAAAAAUUAUAAUUUUUGUAAAAAUAAACCGAUGGGGUCAAUGCAAAGAGUAUGCGCCACGACUUCAUUUACAUGUUUUUGUAAAUUUUCUGUUCACUGUUUUGGAUUCACUCCUUACUGUUUUGGAUUCACUCCUUUGACCUUAAGUUUAGGGAUAGAUUUAGUGAUUUAGGGUUCAGGUUAGGUUUAGGGAUGCAUUUAGGGGCAUUUUUUCAUUAACUCUCUUGGGACCUAAGGGCUCGGCCCAAGGUGGACUAGAGAGAAAGACAAAAGUCCGAACCAUCGGCCCGAUAAAUCGAGCCUCAUGAGUGGCUGGCAUGACGUUGUGCCAGCGAAUCAAAUUUAUGUUUACGUAUUUCUGCACAUCCUGGCAUUUUAAUGGCGGAGUUCAUUGAUGGUGAACUAAAUUUAUUUGUGUGCAGGUUUUUUUUGUUUUUUUUUUGUAUAGUUUUAUCGUGAAAUUUGAACAUGUCUGACAGUUACUCUGAUCAAACUGUGCUUAGUGAUUUUGAUAUUCUAGCAGUGAAUCUGAAACUGAUGAAAACAACCAGGAAAUUAAUGAAGACUUUCAAAUUGAGGGUAAUGCUAAUGUUGUGAACUCUUGGUUUAGUAUUACUAGUAUUAGAGGUCCUCAACUGGACAGAGAUGACCCUUCUGAAUUUUUAGACAACAUAGGUCCUAUAAACAAGGCAUAAGCACCCCAUUUGAGUACUUAAUGCUAUUUUUUACACUAAAUAUCAUUCAAAUGUUUAUGAGAGAGACCAAUAGAUAUGCAGACAACUUUCCCAGUAACAUCCAGCUUAAGAGAAGGUCCUUAGGUCAUAAAUGGGGGGCUGUUACAGUGAGUGUCUGUAACAAUUGAAAAAUAGGGGGGCUGGAAAGGGAGUAGAACCAUGUGCGAGAUGUACCUGAAGGGCCUCCAUGGGCUUUGUUUCCCAAAAACAUAGACAUAAGUGUUAGGACUUAUUCAGGCUUCAUCCAUCAAAAAAUUCACACAAUUGAUACAAGUAAGUCAUGUUUAUUCUAGGUUUAACAAAAAAUUACAUGCAUAAAUUAUUUUAAUCAAUGUAGCUCAUUUGCAUAAAUGUUGAUAUUUCGGUUUGAUUCAUAAAGAUUGUAUUAGUUCAUUCAAUUUCCUACAAGAAUAUAUAUAGUUUUACAUAUAUUAAGGAAAUAGUUCAUUUUAAAAAAAUUUUUUUGCAAUUUGAGUGCCGAGCUCGUAAAAAGUGCUCCGUCUCUUUGGCACAUAUACCCAGAAAAGGCUCCAUCCUAAGAGGGAUAAAUUUUAACAUUAUAUUCCUAAUUUUAGCAACCAAGUUGGCGGCAAUGUGAUACGUAAUGUCGCAAUCUCUUUGCAUUUACCACCCAUGGCAUAGUAGAAUAGAGAUAAUUUUUUUACAGAAUUAUAACACCAAAAUCAUAUUUUUAGCUGUUGUAGUUUUAAAGUUAUGAAUUUUUAAAGUACGACUUCGUUUGUACUUUUUUAACAUGGACUGCAUCUCCACAUUCUGUGACCCAAUUCCCCUGUUCGCAUCACGAGCUAUAUAAGGCAUCCAAAUAGUUGUACACCGUUCUGUGCAUGCCCUAAAAUGAGGCAUAAGCUUUUGACCUACUUUUUGAAGAAUGCUUUUGUUGACCUCGAUAAAUAACCUCAAACAUCAAAAUUUGCAUAAAUAAGCUGUUUUUUACGUCACCAUUGUCGUGUGCAUUACACUUAAAAAUGUAUUAAAUAAAUAGAAAUGUAUUUGUAGUUGUUGUAAAUGUAAUAAUGGCGUUAUGUUGGCAAAAGGGAUGUGUCUAAAUUAUUUAGCACUAAAACAAUUUCAGAUUGGCCCUCUGGUUCCUAGGAAACCCAAAUGAACACUGGACUCAAUUCAUCCUACCCAUUCAGUAGUUAGUAUAGUUUAUUUUUUAAUACAACUAUUGACUAAGUGCUACUCACUUUGAGACAUCAACAUCAGUAGUAUUACAUGGCGUAGUUGAGUUUUUGUCAACACUAGCUGCCUAGAACUAACAGCCGUUGCCAGUUUAAUGACUAGUUUUUUUAAUUCUAUUAACAUUGUCUUCUGAAGUUAUUUCCAAUUUUUAGCCUAUAGCAUAGGCUAAAGUCUGCAAAAAAAUAGCAAGUUUUAAAUUAAUUAAUUUAUCAAAUGUGAAAUAUGCAUAAAAUCAUUAAUUUUCAUUUAUUUUUAUUUUUUACAAUUAAAUUUUUUUAUUAUUUAUACAUAUGGUAUUUUGUUAUGAAGAAUAUAGUGUUAAGAUUGAAAAUGUUAAAUGAUGAAUUAAAUGCUGAUUAUCUGUUUUGAAAACCAUUAUCUGCAGGAUGUUUUUAGUAAAGGAUAUUCUGAUUUAAUUAAUUUUAUCAUCAUGAAAUGAGAAAAAAAAAAAUCACAGAACUUAAAAAAUUUUUUUUUCAUAAACCCUGUAUCUGCAUUUUGUAUAGUGGCUUCAUUAUAGUGGAAAUUUAGGUUUUGCAUUCAAAUGGAUGUGGUCAUUUAUAAAAAGUUGUAGUGAAACUCAUUGACGAUGUCCAAGCUCAAUGAUUGGUAAAAAUAGAGACCAAUCAGACCAAUAGACAUACUAUUUUCACAUAAAAUGGUCAGGCUUUCACAGACCUAAACACUAUAAAAUGUAUUAUGCAAUUGUGACCAAUAUUGACUGCUUAUUUGUUAAAUUUAAUAAGUGCAAAAUGAAAAUGAAAUAAAAAAUUGAAAUAUUGGUUACUUUUUAACAUUCAAACCCUGCAUGCAUAAAUUCUUGAAAUUAAAAUUACAACACAAAAUUUAACAUGUAUGGUAAAAAAAAAAUUAUGUAAGACACUUAUUGAAAAUAUGAAGUUAAUGUUUUGAAACCCAUUCCCAUAAAAACAUUUUUGGUCUUUACUGAUCUGGAAUGAAAGUGCCUUAUAUAUUUCUAUGAUUCUCUUCAUCUGUAUCCAACUGAGAAUAGAGUUAAAUGUUCAUCUAAUUUUAGAAAUGACUCUGGCAGGUGCACCAUCAUUGAUAAUUCCCACCUUUAUACCACAUAUAAGUAAAACUUAUGGAGCUCUAGAUUAAGAAUAUCUAAAUUAACAUUUAUUCAAUUCAUUAUUGGAAUUUCAAUUUGAAAGUAUCAUUAAAAUAUUGAAAAUUAACAAUGUAUCACUGUUGAGUAUGAAGCUCUUGGCCUUAACUACACAUCUUUUGUGUUCUGAUAUUCUUUUGAAAUCAACUACUCAACUCAAGCUCUUCAAAUGCAGUGGACUGUCAACUUGUUUGUGACAGUAUUUAAAAUAAUAAUAAUUUUUUUUUUUACUUUGACUGAUCAACUAGUUCACAUGUAUGCUUAAAAAUUUUUUUACAUUCUAGUCAUACAAGUUUAACUCUCCCUGUUCUGAAGUGUUCUAUUAAUCAUUAACAUUUAUAUUUUUGUUGCAGUCAUGUGUCUGAAUGUGAAAUGUUGGGAUCCUGCUAAAUAAGUAAAGAAAUAAAAACACAUGCUUUUUAAAUCACUCCACAGUUUUAUUCAAUUUAAGUUAGUUGGGUGCAAUUUUUUUAUUGUUCUGCUUAUAGUUAUCGCAUAAGCUUCGUUUAUUAUUUAAUUUUUAUUCAGAAAGUAUUAGUUUAAAAAUAAUUGAAAUUUAUGACAUUUAAUGUGAAUACAUUUUUUCUUCUUUUUUUCUUCUUUAUUUACAGAAAAGUUGAAAAGAAGAAAUGGGUGGUGAGGAUAAAGAGGAGAAUUCUGCUAAACCUCUCUUAAAACCCGGAAAAGGGAAAGGUGUGUUUGAUGUUGCUAUCUCCAAACUGUUGAAAGAUUUUACAAGGUCUGUAAUUCCUCGUAGUCUAGUUUGAAUUGGGCCCUUAUCAACUUCUGUGAUAGUUUUAAAAACAUUAAUGUAGAUUUUAUUUCAAGAUAUUUAAAUAAUCACAUUCUGUACUUAAACCUACGAACUGUCCAUUGUAUUAUUCUGUAUUGUGUGGGUAAUUUAGAGCUUUUUGAGGGUCUUUAAAAAAUGUGAUUUUUCACAUGCAAAUACAUGCUAGACCCCCAUAAAAUAUAUUUAUUGAAAUUAGACUGAGUGGGGAAUUAUACUGGCUAUUCUUUUAAUGAUAUUUUAUAUUCGCUGACCAUGACCUUGACCUAGGAGUGGUCAAGAAUAAAGAAAACAAUGACAAUUUUUCUUUUCAAGUAUCUCAAAUUACAAUUUUUUAAAAGGCAUAUUAUUAUAAUCUUUAUAUAAUAUGAUAGCAUUUUUAUUUAUCUUUUAUCUAUUUAUCAAUUGGUGCGAUGAACAUUUUCUCCAGUUUAAUGUCUCAAAAAAUAUCAAAGGAAAUGGUUGAUUUCAGGAGGGGGAAACACCAGAUUACAGAUCUCAACACAAAAAAUCAAAGUGAUAGAAAGUAGAGGAAUAUAAGUACUUAGGUGUCACCAUAAUAAUAAGUUAACAUGGCAUGAGCAUGGCCAAAUGCUGUAUAAGAAAUCCAACCAAAGACUCUUCUACCUAAAAAAAACUGUACAAUUUUGAAGUAAUCAAAAAGUCGUUAACUUAUUCUACAGUGCAACAAUUGGAAACCUACUUAAUUUCAAUAUUACCUGCUGGUGUGGGAAUUCAUCGUCUGAAUUAAACACAGCAUAAACCGACUAAUCAAGAAAGCUAGGAAUGUAACACAAACUAAACAUCCUAACAUCCUUCACUUGAAGAACUAUUUGAAGAAAGAUGUUAUUAUAAAACUAAACACAUUUUGGAUGAUACAUCCCACCCUCUUCAUCACAGAUACUUAGGAUUGGCCCGUUCGUGACGAAUUCUUUCCGUCAGGGGGAGGACUGAAAGAUAUAAAAAUUCCUUUGUUCCCCAAUCUGUAUGAAUUUACCAGCAGGCUCCCCCUGAAGUCACAAAUCUUAAUGAGAACUAAUAAGUCCCUGAAAUGGCUAAGAGAAUUCAUCGAAUGGUUUUUGUUUUUUUCACUAGUGAAAUAAUUUAAUAUAGAUGUCUUGUGUUCAAAUUGUUUUAUUUAUGUGCUGAAAAUGUACAUUGCAAUCAAAAAGCAUCUCCAUUUGUUUGAAUCAAUAAAAGAAUCUUAUCUUAUCUUAAAGUUCCACUUUUAAAUAAAGGCAGUAAUUCAACCGUUAUUCCCUUAAUAAUUAUCUCUGUUGCACAUGAAUGCUGUAUUUGGCUCUUCCUAUUUCAGUGCUGAACUACUUUCUCAGACGCCUGAGACUUCAUCAAGCACAAUCAACCCCAACCAGGAUACUAAAUACGACUGUGUGGUUUCAUCUUUGAAGUGCUUGCAUUUGCGUAGGCCCAUUCCAGCUAAACAACGAAAGAUGUGUGUUCUGAAAAAGAAGCGACUCUCCAACAGCCUCAACCUAGCUGUCGCUGCUAGUCAUUUUCAAAAACCUAUCGUCUGGCCAGCCAAACUCAGCGGCGGCCACUGUAAAAAGACUCAAAGCCAUUUACUUUAUCCACCUCGGCUGGACAUAAAUAAAAACCUCUUGCCAGGCAGCUCAUCCGUCAUCGCACCCAAAGGCUCCAAAUCGGAAUCUAAGCCUACAAACGUCAUGUGUGAAAAUGAACAUGCCAUUUUCGGCUGUUCAUCCUCUGAGUUGUCUAUGCUUUCUUUUUCUAACCUGUGUGAAAAAAAUGAUUUGGAACAGAGCAGUGUUGUAGACCUCAAAAAUCUAGAAACUUCAAGCACUAAUGACUCAUCGUCCUCUACAUCUUCUCUUGCAAAACGACAUAGCACGGGAGCAGAUCCCCCAGCAAAAUUUGCAAAGACUGUAAAAGGUGCAGAUAAAUCAGGAUCUGUCGAGUACACUUUCUCAGAUUAUCGGAGAACCCUCCCGAGAAAAUCCUCUGUUCAUCACUGUCAUCGUUCUCCAACAAAAUUCUCAUCUUGGAAAACAGCUGGUCAGUCAAGUGGUGGGGCGUCAGCCGAACCUGUCACAGCUUCAUCGGAGGUUGAGACCUCCUCGAACUUACCUUUAUUACCUCAUUCAAUCCAAAACACACCUCUGGAAGGCAGCAGCAUAAAUCGUUCAUGUUCUCUGGAGAUGAGGAUGGAAGAAACCAACGUUAAUGAACUGGCUAGUUACUUUGAGGACUUGCUCCAUAUCCCUAGGAAAAUGUCCACCAUGGCUGAGAUGAUGUACGCAUGAAAAAAAAAAAGCAGUGGCAUGUUUGAUUUCUGUGCCGAAGUUGUAAGGCAUUAGCUACUGAUAAAAUGCAGGUGAACUGUUGGUGUAAGUUAUAAGUUGCCUUUGUUUGGAUAUAUCCUAAGUGUUUCUGUGACAUCUGUAAAGAAAAAAUAACUUGUUUCCCAAUAAACCAUCUGAUGUGGCUAUAAACCCC